CGGUCUGCAACCACACUGAGAACCACACUGAGAAGAGAGGAGGACAAAUCUGGUAUAAGUUUAUCCUGAAGAAAAACAUUCACUUCGCCACAGAUCACAAAGUUCCAGAUUCUGCUGCUGAAGACGUCUCCAUCCACCCUGCCGUCCAGACUGGAGUAUGAUCUGCUAUCCUUGUCACCCCUGCCGCUGAUGCAGGCGAUCAGCAUGAUCUCUCACUACCCUCUGGCCACCUUACUACCCUGGCCUACAGGUUCUUACCAUCACCACUACCCCGACCUGGACUGCACCUUACUGCUGGAGGGGGAGGGAGGGGUUGCCCUGCAGAGGUACCAGCCUCGCUCCCCGGAGAGCAGCCCACGACACUGGAGCUCAGUGCAGGACUGGGGGGAGGAAAUUGAGGACGGAGCCAUCUACAAUGUGACACUGAAGAGGGUCCAGAUUCAGCAGGCGGCCAAUAAGGGGGCAAGAUGGCUGGGGGCGGAAGGUGAUCGCCUACCUCCUGGCCACACAGUGAGCCAGCUGGAGACCUGCAAAAUCCGAAGCAUUCGUGCUGGAACACUGGAGCGACUGGUGGAGACAUUAUUGACGGCGUUUGGAGACAACGACCACACCUACACGUCCAUCUUCCUCUCCACCUACAGAGCCUUCGCUAGCACACAAACUGUGCUGCAGCUCCUGCUAGACAAGUAUGGAAGUAUGGAAGAAAAGAAGAAAGACACGGACAGAUGCCAAGGCUCUGAAACCAAUGGAGCCAUCAGAAAUGCUUUGGCUUCUAUCCUUCGUGCCUGGCUUGAUCAGUGUCCUGAAGACUUCCAGGAGCCUCCGGACUACCCCUGUCUACACAGAGUAAUGGACUACUUACACAAAGUUCUGCCAGGCUCAGAGGCUCUUAGAAGGGCAGAGGGUCUGUUGGAGCAUCUGCAGGCUCAGGCCAGCAUGGAUGACAUUGAGGCUGGUUUCCACAGCAACAGUUCAUAUAGCCUGAUGGAAGAAGAGGAAGUGGAGAGUGAGGUCCAGGAGGACUUCCUGUCAUUUGAUGCUGACCUGGUGGCCGAGCAACUGACCUACAUGGAUGCGGUGCUGUUUAAAAAGGUUGUACCCCAUCAUUGCCUGGGCUCUGUGUGGUCUCAGAGGGAUAAGAAGCACAACAAGCACAGCGCUCCUACCAUCCGUGCCACCAUUACACAGUUCAAUGCUGUUGCAGCCUGCGUGGUCAGCACAAUACUGAAACACAGACAGCUCAGACCGCAUGUCAGAGCGCGGAUCAUCCAGCGCUGGAUAGACAUUGCACAGGAGUGCAGAAUACGUAAAAACUUCUCAUCCCUGCGAGCCAUUGUGUCGGCACUGCAGUCCAAUCCUCUGUACAGAUUGAAAAGAGUAUGGGCCUGCGUGCACAAAGACAGCAUGCAGAUAUUUGAGGAACUCUCAGACAUUUUCUCGGACCACAACAACUACCUGACCAGCAGAGAGCUACUCAUGAGGGAAGGUACUUCAAAGUUUGCCAGUCUUGAGAGUUGUGCCAAGGAUCACCAGAAACGUACCCACAAGAGACUACAGCUGCAGAAGGAAAUGGGAGCAAUGCAAGGAACGAUACCCUACUUGGGGACUUUUCUAACUGACCUGACCAUGUUGGAUACAGCCCUGCCUGACCUAGUGGAGGGUGGUCUGAUCAACUUUGAGAAGAGACGCAGGGAGUUUGAGGUGAUCGCUCAGAUCAAGCUGCUCCAGUCGGCCUGUAACAGCUACUGUCUGACUGCAGACCCAGCUUUCCUUCGCUGGUUUAAGAGCCAGCUUCAGCUCAGCGAGGAGGAAAGCUAUGCCUUAUCUUGUGAGAUUGAAGGGCUUGGUGACGGCAGCCCAACUUUACCCAAACCUCGAAAAAGCAUGGUGAAGAGGCUUAGCUUGCUUUUUCUUGGAACAGACAGUAAUUCAGCCAGUUCUCCAGUCAGAGAGACGCCACGCUCGCCCCCUACUGGCAGCUCAGGAGAGAGCAUGGACUCAGUCAGUGUGUCUUCCAGUGACUCCAGCAGUCCAUCGGACAGUGAGGGACUCGCCACCCCAACUCACACCUCCGACUCCCAGCAAAACAAGCUAUCAGAAUCAUCCUCCUGUACUUCACUUCACUCUAUGGACACAAACUCAUCAACAGCCAGUGUCUCCAUGAUUAAUACAUCUCCCUGCCUCCCUGGGCCUCCCUGUAUGCACAGACGCUCCAUCUCCCUCACACCCCUGUCUCCUAGUUCCCCGAGUCAAACUCUGACCUAUAACACCCAGGCCCAGGAUGCAUGCAUCAUAAGAGUCAGUCUGGAACAUGGCAAUGGGAAUCUGUACAAGAGCAUACUGCUGACCAAUCAAGAUAAGACCCCGGCUGUAAUUGCUAGAGCAAUGGCAAAGCACAACCUGGAGGUGGAGCCGGAGGAAGGAUAUGAGCUGGUGCAAGUCAUCUCAGAGGAGAGAGAACUGGUGAUUCCAGACAAUGCUAAUGUUUUUUACGCCAUGAACACAUCAGCUAACUUUGACUUCCUGCUGCGGGUGCGAGGCUCAGCAGGUCGGCCCGUGCAGCUGCGUAGCCGGUGUAGUUCCACACUCCCACGCACCCAGCACCGCUCAAGCCUCUCGCUUAGACUCAGCAAAGUCACGUUGUGACCCUGGACUGCAGUGACCCAGCCCUUUCAGCACCAACCCAAGGCAAAACAUGAUGGAUGGAAAUAUAAAUGGAUGGGAAGCUCUGUAUGAUCCAAGGUGGAUCCCAAUGAGCUUUCAGACUCUUUGAAUCUCAUCCUGCCAGUCAGAUCUCAACCUGAACUGUGCCAUCCCUUGCCCAGCCUUAAUAUGGUCCAUGGAUGUGUAACGUGACUGCUGUGCUGGACGGAUUAAACUGUUGUAAUACCUGUGACCAAGUGAAACAGGGACCCCAAGUGGCCAGAAGUCUGUACAACAACAGAUUUUUUUUUUUUUUUUUGCACAUAUUAUGGGAGCAGCCAAACUCCUGACCUCUAACAGUAUUCUGAUAUUGAACGAACUCUUUAAUGUCCUGUGAUGUAUGUGUAGCUCAAGCUUUACUUUCUUCCUAAUAGAGUGCUGAAUGCAGAAAUAGAAGAUGGCCGGUGGAAUAGUGGAAGGAGAUGUGGACUGUUGCCUUUUGUUCAUGAAUGAAUGGACCUCUAACAGUAUUCUGAAUGAUAUUAAUAAUUGACAGAAGCUGUGAUGCCAUUGUUUUCCCUAGUCAGACAGCUACGUCUGGCUCGUGCACUGUGUGUGUGUGUGUGUGUGUGUGUGUGUGUGUGUGUGUGUGUGUGUGUGUGUGUGUGUGUGUGUGUUCUGCACCAUAUUGUGAGCUGUGUGACGAAUGCAGCAUUUUGUGCAUUCCGAUUGGUUCCAGAACUUGGUUUUAUCAAGUCCUUUGCAAAUAUUGAAAUGGCCUUACCUGCCCUAUCUUUUGGGGGUAAAGAGAAUUUUGGCUGCUUUCUAAUCUACAAAGAUGCUCAGAUCUACAGAAAAGAUGAGUUGUACCAGAAAAGGAACGUAUUUGUACCUCUUUUCCCUUCAUUAUAUGAACUAUAGUGUUGCACUUGACAGUUGGUAGCAGAUGCCAAUGGGAUGUGAAUAUAGGAGAGUGAGCAAACUGCCUUGUUAAGUAGUUUACUCCCUCUUCACCAAAUGAGUUACUUUUUUUGUUAUUUUGUUGCUCUUUAUAUGCUUUUGUAACACAGUCCAGGCCAUAAAUAUAUAUAUAUAUAUAUAUAUAUAUAUACCAGAUUGGAGCGUGACAGAGAAUUUCUAACAUAAAUGCUAACUAUGUCAGAGUGUCAUUUAAAACAAACACACACACACACACACACACACACACACACACACACACACACACACACACACACACACACACACACACACACACACACACACACACACACACACACACACACACACACAAAAAGCCAGUGCCAGAUUUUACUGUGAUUAAUUUGUGGGGAUACUUCAUUUCAUUAUACACGCAGAAGCCAAACCCAUUUUAACACAGUAAAAUCCCAUCUGUUCGUCUCACAAACACAUUUCAAAAUUUCACGGCAGUAUCACCAACACUCUUGCUCAAUUGCAGAUAAACACUCAACUUCACGUGAAAAUGUUCUCAUUAAAUCACCCUUCGUGUUUGUUCUCCGCUGCCAAAGACUCUAUCUGAAUAAAUAAAUUAUUAUCACUGUUCUGUC